CUGUUAUGAAUCAGAAAACAGCUGCGGAGGAAUUAUGACAAUUCAUUGAAUUAAAAUUUUUCACUAAUUUUGAACAGCGAUAACAUUACUUUCGGAUUAAGUCCUUGUGAACUUUGAAGAUAUAUUUCAGGUAAUUCCAUAUCAAUUGUUAAGGAGUGAGUUCGUGUUAUAAAUCAAGUUUAGAGAGAUUAAUUGAGAAGGGAUCGCACCAAAUGAAUAUUGAUGCUUUCCAGCAGUCGUUAAAUCAAUCACUGCAAGCCCUUGCGUUAAAAUUGGAGCUAUUUGUGGGCGUGGCAGUGCAAACAGUUGUUUCAUUCCAGCACGAAUUAACAGAGACAACUCGCGAUUGGCGUAGUCCUAUAGAAUUUUCAGCACUGCAGUUAACACUGCUGAAAGUGCUGCUGGUUUUGCUACUGGGUACGGCAGGCUUAAUAGCAUACUCGUGGCGUGUAUACGGAAAAGUAAUAACUGAAAAAUUUGUUCGGCCGAGCACACUCAAAGAAAUUGAAGAGCUUAAGUUAUCUGUUGCCAAAUUAAAAUUGCCUAAGGAACAUUCACCAAGAAUAUAGGGCACUUGGUUUGUUUUUAAAUAACCAACAUGUCGAAAAUCAAAAAGUUCUUUUCUCGGAAAAAGGAGGAAGCAGCAUUUAAGGU